GGUCAUUAGUUCCACCAUUCACUUUCUGGUCCACUACACUACUCAUAAAAAUAAAAGUUAAUCAAAUUCUUUCUGGUCGGAUCUGUCAAUCCGAAAUCAUGGCUCCUCGAUUUGAGUUAGCGGUCGGUCUCCGAAAGGGACACAAAACACUUAAAAUCUCCGCUGGCAAGAAAGGUGUUACUGACAAAGCCAUCAAAAUCAGGCCAGCCAGGCUAAAGGGUCUCCAAACCAAGCACUCAAAAUUCGUGCGCGAUUUGGUCCGUGAGGUCGUUGGACACGCUCAGUAUGAGAAGAGGGCUAUGGAAUUGUUGAAGGUGUCAAAAGACAAGCGUGCCCUGAAGUUCUUGAAGCGUCGUCUGGGCACACACAUCCGUGCCAAGAGGAAGCGUGAAGAGCUGAGCAACGUACUGACACAGAUGAGGAAGGCUGCCGCACAAGCACACCAUGCCCCUACACACACUAAGUGAACAAUAAACUAAUUAAUAGUAU